ACACUCCUCCCGCCUAAAUGUAGUCGUUUCAACCGUUUCUCACGCUCUCUCUUUCCGCCUGCAGAACGGCGUCAUUCUCCGCCGUUUUCGAUCAUGAACGUUAAACUACUCACGACAACCAGAAACGGAGCAACCGCCACCACCCAGUGGAACACUCGAUUGAGGGAAUUAGCAAAGCAAUGCCUCUACAGUGAAGCUCUCACUCUGUACUUGCAAAUGCUUCGGUCGGGUUCACCUCCGAACGCCUUCUGUUUCCCUUUCGUUCUCAAAUCUUGUGCCUCGCUUGUGCUCCCGUUCUCCGGCAAACAACUCCAUUGCCACGUUAUCAGAUCUGGGUGUGACCCAGAACCCUUCGUGCUUACUUCUUUGAUCUCGAUGUAUUGCAGAUGCAGCUUAAUUGAUGAUGCACGCAAGGUGUUCGAUGAAAAUCCAAAGUCGAGGGAGCUAACGGUUUGUUAUAAUGCUUUGUUAUCUGGGUAUGCGUUGAAUUCACGGGUUUUUAAUGCGGUUACGUUGUUUAAGAGAAUGAGGAAAGUGGGUGUCUCUGUUAACUCCGUGACGCUGCUGGCAUUGGUACCAGCGUUUUCUGUUCCCGAGUUUUUAGGAGUAGGGAGGUCUCUUCAUGGCUGUUGUGUGAAGUUUGGAUUGGAUGUUGACUUGUCUGUUGCUAAUUGUUUGCUUACAAUGUAUAUGAAAUGCGGGUCGAUUGAGUGUGGGAGGCGAUUGUUUGAUCAAAUGCCAGAAAAAGGUUUGAUUUCAUGGAAUGCUGUGAUUUCUGGGUAUGCACAGAAUGGGCUUGCUACCAAUGUUUUGGAGCUUUACAGGGAGAUGUUAGCACGAGGGGUUUGUCCUGACCCGGUGACACUUGUUGGAGUUUUGUCAUCAUGUGCUCACCUAGGUGCCCGUAGUGUUGGUGGUGAGGUUGAACAGCUGAUAAAAUCUAAUGGGUUUGGUUUGAACCCAUUUUUGAAUAAUGCUCUGAUUAAUAUGUACUCUAGGUGUGGUAACUUGGUGAAGGCUCAGGCAGUUUUUGAUGCCAUGUCCGUAAAAAGUGUAGUUUCAUGGACUGCGAUCAUAGGUGGGUAUGGAAUGCAUGGGCAUGGAGAGAUUGCAAUCCAUCUUUUUGACGAGAUGAUUAAGAGUGGCAUUAAACCUGAUGGAGCAGCAUUUGUGAGUGUUUUGUCUGCAUGUAGCCAUGCAGGAUUAACUGCCGAGGGUAUGGAUUACUUUACUGCAAUGGAGGGAAAGUAUCGGUUGCAGCCAGGUCCUGAGCAUUACUCUUGUGUAGUGGACCUUCUAGGUCGGGCUGGUCGGCUCAAUGAAGCCUUGGAGCUCAUUAAAUCAAUGCAGGUUGAACCUGAUGGUGCAGUGUGGGGGGCCCUUUUGGGUGCCUGUAAAAUUCAUCGAAAUAUAGAACUAGCAGAAUUCGCUUUUGAAAAAGUCAUUGGCCGUGAGCCUGCAAAUAUUGGUUAUUAUGUGCUGCUAUCAAACAUAUAUUCUGAAGCAAAAAAUUUGGAAGGAGUACUAAAGGUUAGAGUAAUGAUGAGGGAGCGGAAACUAAAAAAGGAGCCAGGAUGUAGCUAUGUAGAAUAUAAAGGAAAAGUUCACCUGUUCUUGGCUGGGGACAGAAGUCAUCCUCAAUCAGAAGAGAUAUAUAGAAUGUUGGGGGAGUUGGAAACUUUAGUAAAGGAGCCCAAUGGCUCUAAAACUAAUCAAGAGAGGAACAAAGAACUUUUAGCUGGAAUGGGAGUCCACAGUGAAAAGUUGGCAAUUUCAUUUGGGCUCUUGAACACCGAACCAGGUGCAGAGAUUGUUGUGAUAAAGAACCUUAGAGUAUGUGAAGAUUGCCAUCUGUUUCUUAAGUUGGUCAGCAAGAUUGUGGAUCGUCAGUUUGUUGUUCGAGAUGCAACCCGUUUCCACCAUUUCAGAGAUGGGUACUGUUCUUGUAAAGACUAUUGGUAAUUUUCACUCAAAGUCUUCCAGAGCAUAAGAUCUGUGGGCACUAGCCAAGCAUCCGAGGGAUUUUACAAAUUGUUCUCAAAAUCAUAAAAUUUAUGUAGUUCGAAGGCUGUAAACGCAUCCCCUCAAAAUGGAUAAGUUCAUCAGAAUUCAAUGAUUUUUUUAAUGAAUACAGUCAAUUAAGUUCUUGUAGUUUCAACUCGAAAAUCAAGUUUCUUGAACUCAGUAUGGGAGGUACGUGUACACUAAUCAGUUACAGAAACUAUUUUGGGGUUGGUGGCAUGCUAACUUAUGCUUUAUGGUAGAAUGGGAAAACAUCUUAUGCUUUUUACCUAGGGCAUUAAUGCUAGAAGACAGUCAACUUACUGGUGCGGAAGAUACUUCAGAGGAUGAAAAAAGGCAUGAUAAGAGAGAUGAUUCUGAGAUAUGGCAUACAGACUAGGUGCAGUAGUUGGAGGAGUUUAGAAGCUAAAAGUUUGCCAAUCAUUUGAUAUCUGAAUAUAUCAGAAUUGUGAUCAUGAAACAGUUCCAUUAUCAGAGAGAUGAUUCUGAGAAAUGGCAUAAUGGUUUGGCCUAAUGAGGAUUAGCACAGAGCUACUAGAAAGCAAAUCAGAAACUAGCUACUCUACAAGUCUUGUUAUAAAUUAGCCAGAAAGGAGAGAGUUUUACUACUGCCUAAGAAGCUAGAACCCUCACAUGUUGUAGACAGUAAGGUAUGGAGGUUCAUUUGAAACAUUUUACAAAGUCUAUUGCUAUAAUGCAGAACCUAAGAAGAAGGAAAGUGGUACAAUCAAGUCUGUCCUCUAUUAGAGCUUGAGGAAACUAUAGAGCACAUUCUACUUCUUUUUUCCGUUGGACAAAGCUAGUUUGGUUUUCUUGUGGGGCUGGUCCUUUUAUGGCUAAGGAAGAAGUUUGCUCUUUUGAUGAUUGGUGUUUGGUUCCGGUCAUGGAGUGUCUUUCCAGAAC